AUGGGCCGAGCCGGCGGCGGCGAGGCCGGCGGCGGCGGGAGCGGGAGGCCGGCGGCGGCGGCCGAGGUGGACCCGGUGCGCGACUUCGAGCGCUGGAAGAAGAAGUACGCGCGGCGGCAGCGGAAGCUGCGGCUGCGGCGCAAGGAGCGGCAGCGGCCCGAGUGGCUGGUGGAGCGCGAGGGGAUCGGGCGGCUGGUGCAGCGCUACGGCGAGAUAAAUGUAAAUGAAAUUCAAAGAUUUUCAGAUUUUCCACUGUCAAAGAAAACCCUAAAAGGAUUGCAGGAAGCUCAAUAUCGCAUGGUAACUGAGAUUCAGAGGCAGACCAUAGGUUUGGCUUUACAAGGUAGAGAUGUACUUGGAGCUGCAAAGACCGGAUCAGGCAAAACCUUGGCUUUUAUUGUCCCGGCCUUGGAAAUCUUGUAUCGCAAUCAGUGGACUUCAGCAGAUGGAUUGGGAGUUUUGAUAAUAUCACCUACCCGGGAACUGGCAUAUCAAACCUUUAAGGUUCUGCGUAAAGUGGGAAAAAAUCAUGACUUCUCAGCUGGCCUUAUAAUUGGAGGAAAGGAUCUGAAAGAAGAGUCUGAGAGAAUCCACCACAUCAAUAUGUUAAUUUGCACUCCAGGACGACUUCUGCAGCACAUGGAUGAAACUUCGUAUUUCUAUGCAUCUGACCUGCAAAUGUUGAUUCUUGAUGAAGCUGAUAGAAUUCUAGACAUGGGGUUUGCUGAUACAAUGAAUGCAAUCAUAGAAAACCUACCUAAGAAACGCCAGACCUUGCUUUUCUCAGCAACACAAACAAAAUCGGUGAAGGAUCUUGCACGGCUGAGUUUGAAAGAUCCAGAAUAUGUUUGGGUUCAUGAGAGAGCCAAAUUCAGUACCCCGGCAACUUUGGACCAGAACUAUAUUGUUUGUGAGCUUCAACAAAAAAUAAACAUGUUAUACUCCUUCCUGAGAAGUCAUCUGAAAAAGAAGAGUAUUGUGUUUUUUGCAAGCUGUAAAGAGGUCCAGUAUCUGUUCAAAGUGUUCUGUAAGCUUCAGCCUGGCGUGCCUGUUUUGGCACUCCACGGCAAACAGCAUCAGAUGAAGAGAAUGGAGGUCUACAACUGUUUUCUUCGGAAAAAGGCAGCAGUGCUUUUUGCUACAGAUAUUGCAGCUCGUGGCCUCGAUUUUCCAGCUGUGAACUGGGUCAUUCAGUUUGAUUGUCCAGAAGAUGCAAAUACGUACAUCCACAGAGUGGGAAGAACAGCCAGAUACAAAGAAGGUGGUGAAGCUUUGUUAGUGUUGCUUCCUUCUGAGGAAAAAGGCAUGGUGGAACAACUGGCACAGAGGAAAGUACCUGUCAAUGAAAUCAAAAUUAACCCUGAAAAACUUACAGACAUCCAAAAGAGGAUGCAGGCUUUUUUGGCUCAAGAUCAGGAGUUAAAAGAAAGAGCUCAAAGAUGUUUUGUAUCCUACCUGCGUUCAAUUUACUUAAUGAAGAAUAAGGAAGUAUUUGAUGUUUUCAAAUUGCCUCUAGCAGAAUAUGCCCUAUCACUUGGUCUUGCGGUGGCACCCCGUGUGAGAUUUCUUCAAAAAGUUCAGAAACAAUUAUCCGUGAAUGUGACAGCUGAAGAGACAAAUCAGUUGAAGGAGAUAAAGCAAAAUAAAAAUACCAGCUCCUCAAUAAGCAAAGAAGUAGUAGAGAAAUACAGAACGAAUUUCAGUGGAAAUGUAUCUGUUGACAAAACUAAUGAAGAGGACAGAAGAAAAGAAACUGAAGAAUAUCCUUCUUCCAGUGACGAAGGUAGUGGUGACGAUGAAUCUGAGGAGGAAUUGAAAGAGGUGUCUGAAGAGAAAAUGGAGAAGGAAGUUUCUGUGCUAAGCAGUGCUCCAAAUGCAGACUCCAUGCAGUUCUUUGAAGAUGAUGACGAUGAUGAUGAUAAAGAUCUUGAUUUGCUGACAGUGAAACGACAGAAUAUUUUUGGUGUGGAAGCUAGAGAUAAUCCAGCACUGAAUGCGUCAAGCUCAAGGUUGAAGAAGAAAGCAACUAGAACACAAGAGGCCAAAAAAAUCUUGAAGAAGAAAUUUAAAGUCAACACAAAAAUAGUCUUUACUGAAGAUGGAGAGUUAGUGCAACAGUGGCCACCUGUGCAAAAAUCCAGUUUGGCAAAAGCAGAUGAGGAAGAUGAUGCCAGUGGUAUCAACUUGGAUAAAGUGAAAGAAAUACUGCAAGAAGAAGAUAAGUUUGACAAAGAAGAAUACAGGAAGAAAAUUAAAGAAAAACAUAGGGAGAAAAGGCUAAAAGAAAAAGCAGCAAGGAGAGAAGCCAGGAAUAAAAAUGCAGAGGAUGGAGUGGAAACAGUGGCCUUCCUUGGUCACAGUGGAAGUGAAGAAGAAUUUGAUCCAAGUACUCUUCCAGAUCCUGAUAAAUACAAAGAUUCUGACCAAGAGCGUGAUUCAGAAAGCGAAGACAGCUAUAGUGAACCUGAGGAGAGAAGUGGAGGAAAGAAAAGAGGCUGUAGUAACAGUAAAGCGGCAGAAGAAAUGGCCCUGAAAAGAAAGAAGGCUAAACUGAGCUACGAGGAAGACUCCUUUAUGCCAUUGGAUACUGGGCUUUCCCUGGCAGAGGACGAAGAGCUUGUACUACAUCUGCUCAACAGUAAUAGCUAAUCGUUUUCCUACAGGCUUUCUUUUCUGGGAAAUCUUCACCCUUCUAUCAGUAAUCGGCGCACGAUCAGUUUGGCAUCUGGGCAGAUGGGUACCAUUGGGCAUAGAUAAACAAGCUCCAUGGGCAAUGAGCUUGCCUCUGAUCUGCUCAUAGGUUAUAGACAAGGUUUAGCUGUUCCGUGAAUGUAUCGGGAUAUUUGGUUUUGAUUUAUAAGGAUUUCUAAACCAACUUUUCAGACUAAAUCCCCAAGUGACAUUUUGCAGUAGCACAUUUAUAAGUGAGCCCAGGUUUUGAAGAAUUCAUCAUUUAAAAAAUUUUAAUCUUGCUUUAAAUAAAAACAGGAUGUGCCUUUCUUGGCUGUGUCAGGUUUAUUAUCUUAGAAGAUAAAUGCGUACUAGAAUUAUCAAAGAAGAGAUACUGUUGGCAGUUCAAAUCAUAUUACUUAAAAAUAAAAUGCUUUUUUUUUCCUUCUGUGUAUCAUGCCCAUUUGGUUAAAAUAUUUUA